UAUAAAGAAAUUUAAAGCUAUUUUGAAUUUGAAUGAAUGUUUUGGAGUGAGGUUGAACUUAAUUUACUAUGUUCCUUGAGACUCACCUGGUCAGGUUCACCAGCACCAUGGAUACAGAAUUCAGAAUACAGAAUUCGAAACAGUGAACGAAACUGCAUCACAGUCCGACUCAAAAGCUGUUCCUACACAAGAGAAAUCUCUUCAGACCUUCGAUAACCAACACAGUGACUAGCAGCAGUUAACAGCACUUAGCAGUGAUCAGUAUUUCUCUUGUACUCCUGGACAUUACCAUCUGUAGUAGAAUGAACCACGAAAUGAUGGCCUCACUGUAUGUGGGUGAUCUGCACCCCAAGGUGACGGAAGCCUUGCUUGCGAGGACGUUCAGCCCUGCAGGCCGCAUUCACUCCAUCCGGAUCUGCAGGGACUAUAAGACCCGCUCCUCACUCGGCUAUGCUUUUGUCAACUUUGAGCAGCGGGCCGACGCUGAGCGAGCAAUGGAAAUGUUUCAUUUUGAGCUCCUUAUGGGACGGCCUAUGCGCGUCCAGUGGUCUCAGAGGGAUUCAUCCCUGAGGAACUCCACCGUUGGAAACCUGUUCAUCAAGAACCUGGACAAGUCGAUUGACACCUUGGCCCUUUUUGACACCUUCUCGGCCUUUGGGAAGGUCCUGUCUUGCAAGGUUGUAGGUUAUAAGAACGGGUCGAAAGGGUACGGCUACGUCCAUUUUGAGUCUGCAGAGGCAGCAGAUUUUGCGAUGAACAGGCUCAACGGCAAACUGUUGAACGAACGUAAAGUCUUCAUUGAGCACUUUAAGUCCCGUGAGGAGCGCAAGGCUCAGGCGGGCCGCUGGGGCAGGAUGCCGGUGUACGUGGGUGUGGCCCAGCAGAAAGAGGAAUGUCAGGCUUACCCUGCCCAUCAGAACAGGCAGAGAAUGGCAAGCAUGGAGGUUAAUAACUUACAGAACAUCUACCAACCCGUGGCUCAGAACCUGGCUGUGUCUUACACCCCCAGCCAGAAGGUCGAGCCCCGCCCGGAUCUGCUCUGGACUGCCCAGACCAUCCAGUCACAAUAUGUCCAGAAUAUACCCGAUGUGGUUCAACCUGCACCGGUGCAUCAGCAGACUGGUGGCACCAUCACAUCAAGUAGUCAGGCACCAUGUUUGAAUGAAGAAUGUAUAACCAUCAUUACACCAACACCUGAUUUUACUGUCCCAGCUGCAGACACUCUUCCAUCUCUGGAAAGUGUCCCCAUUGUAGAGACAGUUCCACCUGUAGAUAGCGUACCAGCUGUAGACACUCUUCUGUCUCUGGAAAGUGUCCCCGUUGUAGAGACAGUUCCACCUGUAGAUAGUGUACCAGCUGUAGACACUCUUCCAGCUGCAGACACUCUUCUGUCUCUGGAAAGUGUCCCAGUUGUAGAGACAGUUCCACCUGUAGAUAGUGUCCCAGCUGUAGACACUCUUCCAGCUGCAGACACUCUUCAGUCUCUGGAAAGUGUCCCCACUGUAGAGACAGUUCCACCCAUAGAUAGUGUCCCAGCUGUAGACACUCUUCCAGCUGCAGACACUCUUCCAGCUGCAGACACUCUUCCGUCUCUGGAAAGUGUCCCCGUUGUAGAGACAGUUCCACCCAUAGAUAGUGUCCCAGCUGUAGACAUUCUUCCAGCUGCAGACACUCUUCCAGCUGCAGACACUCUUCCGUCUCUAGAAAGUGUCCCAGUUGUAGAGACAGUUCCACCUGUAGAUAGUGUACCAGCUGCAGACACUCUUCCAGCUGCAGACACUCUUCCGUCUCUGGAAAGUGUCCCCGUUGUAGAGACAGUUCCACCUGUAGAUAGUGUCCCAGCUGUAGACACUCUUCCAGCUGCAGACACUCUUCAGUCUCUGGAAAGUGUCCCCGUUGUAGAGACAGUUCCACCCAUAGAUAGUGUCCCAGCUGUAGACACUCUUCCAGCUGCAGACACUCUUCAGUCUCUGGAAAGUGUCCCCGUUGUAGAGACAGUUCCACCCAUACAUAGUGUCCCAGCUGUAGACACUCUUCCAGCUACAGACACUCUUCAGUCUCUGGAAAGUGUCCCCGUUGUAGAGACAGUUCCACCCAUAGAUAGUGUCCCAGCUGUAGACACUCUUCCAGCUGCAGACACUCUUCAGUCUCUGGAAAGUGUCCCCGUUGUAGAGACAGUUCCACCCAUAGAUAGUGUCCCAGCUGUAGACACUUUUCCAGCUGCAGACACUCUUCAGUCUCUGGAAAGUGUCCCCAUUGUAGAGACAGUUCCACCUGUAGAUAGUGUCCCAGCUGUAGACACUCUUCCAGCUGCAGACACUCUUCAGUCUCUGGAAAGUGUCCCCAUUGUAGAGACAGUUCCACCUGUAGAUAGUGUCCCAGCUGUAGACACUCUUCCAGCUGCAGACACUCUUCAGUCUCUGGAAAGUGUCCCCAUUGUAGAGACAGUUCCACCUGUAGAUAGUGUCCCAGCUGUAGACACUCUUCCAGCUAAAUGAAUUAGCUCCAGAGUGUUAAAAUCUUAAGCAUUAACUGAGAAGAAUUAACGUCACAGAGUCAGAACUCACAGAGAUUAUUUUGUAAAUGGCUGAGUUACAUAAAGAACGGAGAUUUGACCUGAUUGCUGAGACUUCGUCAGAAAAGGGGGAAUAUUCUUCAAAUAGUGUCUUGUCAAAUCUGAGAAUAACUUUUCUAAUAGACCAUGAACACCCUAGCUAUCUCAGAAAUCUGAAAUUAUCUUAAAUCUGAAUGUACAUAACAUUAGAUCAGGAAUGUAUAUAACAUUAGAACAUUUUUGUAGUCAUGUAUAUUUUAGAGUAAAAAUUGGUGUAAAAUCUAUAGAAAUAAGGUUAUUUUUGGUCAAGGUAUACCUGUUUAUAUAAUUUGUGUUAGAGACUGAUAUGAUUUACUUAAAUUAUAUCAAAAUAAAGUAAUUAAAGUCCA